UUAAUCACAUCACACAAGACAACACAACACCGUUUCCAUUUCCAGAAACGGCGACGAUGGCGACUUGGUAGCUAACUAGCUUACAACAAAUCGGAGAUUCCAAAACGGUGAUGGAGAUGUGACCCGGUACGAGCUUAAGAAGACGAAGAGUUUCCCAAACGAUUCAGAGCUUCAAAGCUUCAAAGCUUCAGAUCUGUUUCCUUGGAUCGGUCCCUAGAGAUUUUCUAGGUUUCUGUUUUUUUUUUUUUUGGUUUUCCACACACACCAUUGAACGACUCGUACUCCGGAACUCACUGAUCCCAAAACACGCCGGAGAUUUUGACCGAUUUUGUUUGAUUUGAGUGAGUGACUCGUUGCUUAAAGUGUGUCACUGCUUUAGUGUUGUGAGGAAGAAGCUAAUUUCGAGUUUUAAAGAAGAAGGAGUAAAAAUGCCGAGGCCAGGACCAAGACCUUACGAGUGUGUGAAACGAGCUUGGCAUAGUGAUCGUCAUCAACCUAUUCGUGGUUCCAUUAUCCGUCAGAUUUUCAGGCUUGCCAUGGAAGCACACAGUGCAGCCACAAGGAAGAACAAGGAGUGGCAGGAGAAGCUCCCUGUGGUUGUGUUAAAAGCUGAGGAGAUCAUGUACUCUAAAGCCAAUUCCGAGGAAGAGUAUACAGAUGCUGAUACUAUGUGGAAUAGAGUAAAUGAUGCCAUUGAUACUAUUAUUAGAAGAGAUGAGAGCACUGAAACCGGUCCUCUUUUGCCUCCUUGUGUUGAAGCUGCUCUUAACCUUGGGUGCAUUGCUGUAAGAGCUUCAAGAAGCCAACGACAUAGUAACAUAAGGACUUACCUCGGUCCAAAAAUCCAGGAACCGGUUUCCGCAUCGCCUAAUGAGCCGCCAUACCAUCAUGACUAUCAUCAUCAGCAAGCUCAGAAACCAUCCUCUAAACCAAUCCAUACUGCUCAAGCUGCUGCGAUCCCAAUGGAUGUACAUGAUGAUAACAGCAACAAGCGUGUAACUGCACCUCGCGGUUACCCGUUUCUACAUGAGUCCAUGCAGAUGCAUCAAAAGCCAUUGCCAAUAAGACAAGGACAUAGCACUGCUCCUGCUUCUACUACAGCUCCAGUCAACUUGGGUUCGGUCUAUCCUUUGUAUUACGGAGGUAAUCAUCAGACUCAGCAAGUGGACAUGACUAUUAGAGUCCCUGAGACGCCCAUAAUCAUUGGCAUGCCUAUUGGUAUAAAACCCCCAGAAGAAGCAACAGAGAGGAUGUGUGAUUUGUCCUUGAGGCUUGGUAUAUCUUCAGAACCCUCUACAAGAAUAGAUGUCGGGUCUAGUCGGGCUUACCCGAGAAGAAACCAAGAAGAGUUAUGUUUAUUCUCUGAGGUAAAGAAGAAUGAUAGGUUUGAUUGGUUUUCAAAUUGUGAAGGUCAGAAUUCUGAUUCUCGAGUUAAAAAGCACAAAACAUUGUGUGGAGACUUCCACUAGGACUUGCUUAGUUUUUUUUAACUCAAAUCUUGUAAAAGCCUCAGGUUUAUUGGUUAAUAUUUAUCGACUCUACUAGUCUAGUUUUAGCUUCACUUCAAAAUGAUAAUGAUGCUGUUAAAUUAA